AUGUCGUCGCCGUACGUUGACUCAGUCUCCAGCGAGGCAGCUUGGCGCCGAGAAUUCUCAUCAAAAAAGCACAGCGGCAUGACCUUCAGCAAGGCUCUGGCGAAUACCAGUGCGAGCGAAUGGGGCCGUGGGCAGCUUGUCCGGCUGCGCGUUGUGAUACGUCACGCCGCAGACGACAAGCUACUGCCUCUCAUCGUCAAGGACAAGCCAGCAAAGGCCAUUACCAAAGCCAUUUCUGAAGCCGCGAUUGAAACCAGCGACGACACUUUCUGGAGUCAAUACCCCGAGUCCAGGAAGGCACUGCGCACACUGCUCAAGGGCCGUGGCCAGGGCAGCAUUUCCGAACGAGAACUGUGGUCAGAGCAGGAAUACAUGCGCCACUACGGGAGUUGUGAGUACGGCCGUCUAUGGGCUGCGCUCGACCGGCUCGAGGAUGCGUGCCACCACAUCAGCCAACAACGCACAGAGGUACCACCGCACCAGGACAAUGAGCAAAGGGAGACGAACCCGGCCCCAACAACGCCACCGUCGCCCCGUCCGCGAUCUUCCAAGCGAGCCCGCAGGUCGGUGCAGCCGUUUGCGGGAGUGGUCCCAUUCGACCAAAACACCCCCAUCGCCGACAGCAGCAGCAGUCCACAGUCAGCACCUGACGUCCUCCUCUCGUCCCCGCAUUCCGCCGCCUACGUGCCCGCCACCGAGGCCGUUUGCUCGUCGGAACGGACCGAGGACCUGACGGUUGACUUUAUCGUUACCGCUCUCCGCAUCAUACUCCUCCAUGUACCUCCCCAACAACAGCUCGACUCUGCCCGUGAGAGAAAUGACGGCUUCCCUCCGACAGUCGACUUGGACGUCCAGAAGCUCCAACUUCGCGUCACCAUUUCCAACCUGAUCCAGUUCGGUUCCAUCGACGACGGCGGCCUGUGGAUACGGUUGUUAAGUAAAAGGACGCGGGCUCGCGUCGCCGUGCUCGAGGCGAAGCGCUUCAUCGGCCAUGUUGAUGACGGCUGCCCUGUUCUCUCCGACCCCUGGCUGGCCCAGAUUGUCGGGGAGGCGCUAGCUGUUCGCCUCGCACCAGACGCGUGGGUGGGACCACGCGAAACCAUCAUUGUUAUAGCUGCUGCUCGCUACUUUGUUCGAUUUUUCCAGCUCCGCGUAACGGAUUCGUACCUCAAGGACCUUUCCAAGUGCGUUGCUACUGAAGCCGCGAAGCCCAAGACGGAGCCGCCCGCAGCCCUUGAAGCCGACGACGCACCCCGCGAGUCGAUACAAAUUAGCAGCACACGCUGGUUCGACUUCCGGGAAUCGACGGAACGCGUCCAUGUCGUGCGCAACCUAUCCGGUAUUGUCAAGCUGGCACAGGAUGAGGCGCAAGGUUGA